CAGAGCUCAGCAGAAAACACUGUGACUGACUGUGAACCACUUUUCAAGAACGGUUGGCAAUGACGCUGGAGCGCUUUGUGGCCAUCUGCAUGCCACUGCGACAUGGAGAGCUGUGCUCCACACACGGCACUCUACACUGCAUCCUCAUCAUUCACGGUGUCAGCUCUCUGCCCUGGAUGAUUUCUGUCUACAUCUUCUUUGCUUCUGCGAGCCACAGCUUUUACACCAAAAGCGACAUGUGCUUUGCAGAGAAGUUCAUCUUCCACUCCUGGCAGGGUCACCUUAGGUCUGCAAUAAGUCAGUUUUACUUCCUGAUCAUGGUUAUCAUUAUCACAAUUUCAUACUUUAAAAUAAUGAGGGUGGCCAGAGCUGCAUCAGGACAGAACAGGAAGUCAACAUGGAAAGGUCUCAGAACUGUGGUUCUUCAUGGCUUUCAGCUGUUCCUCUGUCUUUUCCAGCUGUGGUGUAUUUUCAUUGAAGCUGCUGUCCUUCAGAUUUACCCGAUGCUCUACAUUAAUGUCAGGUACUUUAACUACAUUAUGUUCAUUCUUUCUCCGAGGUGUUUGAGUCCUCUCAUUUAUGGCCUCAGGGAUGAAAAGUUUUUUGUUGCUCUGAGAAGCUUUGUUCUUUGUGGUUUGUAUAAGAAACAAUUGUCAAAUUAAUUGUAAUUGACCAGUAAAAACUACUGAAUAUAGCAUAAGUUACAAAUACACAGAAUUGUCUUGCCUUCAUAAAAACACGUCAUUUUUGCAUUUAUGCUGUAAAAACAACUUAAAUGCAAUAUGUGUCCGAUGACACUGACACUUUCUUUAAAUCAAUGACAAUGUAAUCCUUUCGGAUUCAUGAACAAUAUUUGUUCAGAUUUCAACCUCAGCUGCAGGACCUCUAUCUUGUCAUUGUUUGUGAUCACUUUUCAUUCAAACAUUGUACAAACAUUAAUAACAUUUUUUAAGAUAUUCAUAAAAGUUGUAACUGUCUUGAAAAUAAAUGCUUAUCCAUGCCAGGUUAUGGAUGUACAUGUGUAUUAUUUAAUAUAAUGGCUCCAUCACACUUUAAUUUGUUGACUAAAUCCAUGUAUCCUCACACAUGAAGACCUGUCACAGUUUGAAAACCUUUACAUUUUUACAUUAAGACCGACUUUUGUAUGUAUAAAAGUUAUGCUUGUUUUGUAAAUAAAUGCACUAAGCCAG